AUUUUACCCCACACCAUAGCCUGUAAUCCGGGCUUCUCAUCCACGCCACAUCACAGAGUUGCAUAUCUUCUCACUCGAUAUAUUUUAUUGAAGAAUUGAGCUCUUGGAUAAACCCUGCUGCCAUACCCUAUAUCCCGGGCAGCUUCCCGACACCCCACGUCACGGAUCUCCCCGAAACUCGGACGAAUUCUCCUCGACGCACCGAUACAAAAUGGCGACGAAUUCUAUUAAGCUGUUGACUGGCAACAGCCAUCCUCAGCUUGCCCGCUUGGUUGCCGACCGCCUCGGUAUUGAGCUUGCGAAGACUAUGAGCCUGAACUACUCGAAUCAAGAGACAUCAGUCACAGUCGGAGAGUCUGUUCGCGACGAAGAUGUUUUCAUCCUCCAAUCCACCGCCCCGGGAGAUAUUAAUGACGGCCUCAUGGAACUCCUCAUAAUGAUCAACGCAUGUAAAACCGCCUCUGCGCGCCGCAUUACCGCCGUCAUCCCCAACUUCCCGUAUGCGCGCCAAGACAAGAAGGACAAGUCCCGUGCACCGAUCUCCGCGAAGCUCAUCGCCAACAUGCUCCAGACCGCUGGCUGCAACCACGUCAUCACGAUGGACUUGCACGCCUCCCAGAUCCAGGGCUUCUUCAACGUCCCUGUCGACAACCUAUAUGCUGAGCCCAGCACCCUGAGGUGGAUCAGGGAGAACCUGGAUGUCAAGAACUGUGUUGUCGUCAGUCCCGAUGCGGGUGGUGCAAAGAGGGCAACGAGCAUUGCCGACAGGUUGGAUCUUGGAUUCGCUCUUAUCCACAAGGAGCGUGCAAGGCCCAAUGAGGUGUCGCGCAUGGUCCUGGUUGGUGACGUUUCUGACAAGACCGCCAUUUUGGUGGACGAUAUGGCCGAUACUUGUGGCACCUUGGCCAAGGCAGCCGAGACAGUUAUGGCCCACGGCGCAAAGGAGGUUGUUGCUAUCGUCACCCACGGUAUCCUGUCCGGAAAGGCCAUCGAGAUCAUCAACAAGUCCAAGCUGAGCAGGGUUGUGACUACCAACACUGUCCCCAUGCAAGGCAAGGAGGAGUCGUGCGCGAAGCUGCAGACAAUCGACAUCAGCCCUACGUUGGCUGAGGCCAUCCGCAGGACUCACAACGGAGAGAGUGUUUCUUUCCUGUUCACGCACGCACCCACGGAUUAAAUAUGAAAUUUUGGUAUGGAAAGCCAGCGUUCUAGUUUGAGGUAGAUUUUGGAGGAGCCUACUUUUUAAAGUAAUAGAUCAGAGGACAAGUUUUUGGGGGUGUUUUGAUAAAUUUCAGGCGCUUUGUUGGUGUAAGGUUGCAGGGGAUAUUUCAAAGCUCUGGUAGGCAUAUGUACAGUGGAAACGUGCCAUUUUGGAUUUUCAAAAGUGAAGGGGAGUUUUGCCUCGCAUCUUUGUGCCAUUCCGAGCGUUAUGUUGAAAUGCAUGUGAUUUCUAUUUCGCUGGAGAAAACUGAUAUAUAUACAGCAUCUAUACAGCACUUUCAGGCAUGUUCAUACAAAUACGCUCCGACAAUGCCUUCCCCAUUAUCAUUCAGCUCGUCGUAUUCCCACACGUAACGACAUGCAUGCGAUUAAAAGUCCGUCACCCGCCCAUUAUAACUCCAAUCCGCCUCCCCUCCCCAUUUCAGCGGAUCAUUCUUCGGCCCUCCUACCUCCCCCGUCUUCGGAUUUACCUCCCCCUCAAAUUCCGGCUUCGCCCCUCUGCGAACAUCAGGGUGAAGCUCCUCUCCCUUGCCAGUAGCCUCUAUCCUAGCCGCAAGGGCAUCCGAUGACUCUCCUGUUGCCGGGCUUUGGUUGACCUGCGGCUUCGACGCCGGGGAUUGGUUUAUUUGUGGUGUCGCACGCGGUGUCGAGAAGGCACCCGUCGAGGCCUUUUGCAGCCUUUCGAACUCUUCCUGCUCCUUGGGCGGGAGACGUGGCGGGGAGGGCCCAGUCGCGAAGGCGGGACGAACGGAGGAUGUCGAGAAGAGGCGGCGGUAGGGCGCCGGGUUGAGGCGGAGGAGAUGAGGCAUAGCUGUGUGACUAGAUUGAAGCUGCCUACUCAUCGGUAUAUUAUAAGGCUUGCUAAUACCCGUACAAAAGGAAUGUUGCUUCUUGAAUCGGUAAUGCGUGUGUUCGGGGUAAUUCGUUAUGGAUGGUAAUCGGGCAAGGCUGAAGCCGGGCCGGGCGUUAGCCUAUUGAAUAUUCUGCCGGGGCGGUGAAACGUAUUUUGUGGUCGAUAGUGGUGGGAUGGAGGGAGGGGGACUUCGGAUAUUUCG